AUGGGAAAUUGUUUAAGUUGUUGUGGAAAAGAUAAUAAUAAUAAUAUUAGAAGAAAUAAUAAUUUAAUAGAAAGAAGACAGCCACUUCCUUUUAUUAAAGGAAUACCUCCUCCUCCACCCCCAGCACUUUUAUUACAAAAACAUUUUGCUAUUCACGAACUUGGUUUGAUUUUUAAAUUUAAAAAAUUUAAAAUCAAAAUUUGUUUAGGAAAACAAAUACUUAAUUCUUCUUCUUUUUCCUCUUCUUCUUCUCCAACACAUCCAAAUGCAAUACUUAAAUCUGUUAAAAGUAAUAGUUCCCCUUCUUCAACAAUUUUAAGUAAUGGAGGGGGAGGUUAUGGAAGUUCUACUACAAAAAGUAUUAGCCAAAAUAGUAAUAAUACAAAUUGUUAUAUUACUCAAAAAAAUAAAAAUAUUACAACAACUCCUUUGACUACACAAAAACAACAAAAUGAUAUUGGGGGAGGAAUUAAUAAUUUAUUUGUUGCACUUUUUGAUUAUUAUGCUAGAACAGAAGACGAUUUAAAUUUUAAACGUGGAGAUUCAUUAGAAAUACUUAACAGUAUGGAAGGGGAUUGGUGGUAUGCUAGAAGUUUAAAUUCUGGUAAAUGUGGAUAUAUUCCAGCUAAUUAUGUUGCUAGAGAUAAAACAAUAGAUGCACAACCUUGGUAUUUUGGUAAAUUACGUCGAAUUGAAUCAGAAAAACUUUUGUUGCUUCCCGUUAAUGAACAUGGCUCUUUUCUUGUUAGAGAUUCUGAAUCAAGAAAAGAUGAAUUUUCCCUUUCUGUCCUCGAUGAUGGAAUUGUUAAACAUUACAGAAUUCGUCAAUUAGAUAAUGGAGGAUUCUUUAUUGCCCGUCGUGUUGCAUUUGCAACACUUCAAGAAUUAGUACAACAUUACCAAGAAGAUGCUGAUGGAUUAUGUGUUGUUUUAACAAAACCGGCAUUAAAAGUUGAAACCCCAAUUACUUCAACAUUUACACACGAUGAUCAAUGGGAGAUUGAUAGGCGUAGUUUAAGAUUAAUUCAUCAAAUUGGGGCUGGACAAUUUGGAGAAGUUUGGGAAGCAAGAUGGAAAUCUUCAACCCCCGUUGCUGUUAAAAAAUUAAAACCGGGUUCAACUGCUUGUGUUGAUGAUUUUUUGACUGAAGCACAAAUAAUGAAAAGAUUAAGACAUCCAAAAUUAUUACAAUUAUAUGCUGUUUGUACAAGAGAAGAACCUUUUUUAAUUGUUACUGAAUUAAUGCAAGAAAAUUUACUUCAUUUUCUGCAAGGAAAUGGUAGAAAAUGUAAUAUACAUCAAUUAGUUGAUGUUUCUGCACAAAUAGCUUUUGGAAUGAGUUAUUUGGAAGAAAAGAAUUUCAUUCAUAGAGAUUUGGCUGCAAGAAAUAUUUUAAUUUCACAUCCAUUUGUUGUUAAAAUUGCAGAUUUUGGUUUAGCUCGUUUAAUACGGGAAAAUGAAUAUGAGGCGCGAGAAGGGGCUAGAUUUCCAAUUAAAUGGACAGCACCAGAAGCAGCUACUCACAAUAAAUUCACUGUUAAAUCGGAUGUUUGGUCUUUUGGUAUUUUGUUAACAGAAUUAGUCACUUUUGGCCGUAUUCCAUAUCCUGGAAUGAGCAAUACGGAAGUUUUGCAUAAAGUAGAGGAAGGAUAUAGAAUGCCUAUACCUCCAAACUGUCCAGCAAUUUUAUAUGAAAUUAUGCUACAAUGUUGGCAUAAAGAUCCAGAAAAAAGGCCAACAUUUGAAACAUUACAUUGGAAAUUGGAUGAAUUAUUUACUUGUGAUGGGUCGGAAUAUAAAGAAGCCGUUAUGAGCUAUUAAAAUUUAAAAAUACCUAAAAAAUGUAAACACAUUCCGUUGAAAUUAAAUAAUUAUUUAAAACUUUUUCUUUGCUCACUAAAAAUCCUUUUCUUCUUUAAAAUGUGGAAUCUUUCAGGGGGGGGG